AUGAAAGCAGUCUCUGGAGCAAUAUUGAACAAUAUUUUGCAAGCUGGUCUCAAGGAAAGGUUCAGUCCUGAGAUUAUCUCGCGGCUGACCUCGUCAGCCUUGUCUUUACCAGACCUCGAACUCUCGGACGAAGACAAAAGACUUGUUCUGGCUGUAUAUGCUCGUGGUUUAAAUAUCGUGUUUAUUUCGUUUAGUAUACUGACUGUCAUUAUGUUCAUGGCGUCUCUUGGUUUGCGUGACUAUGGCCUCGGCCAAAAAGUGCAAUUGUCACAAGGAGAAGUACACAGUGGUCAAGUGGUUGAUAUUGAUAGGCCGCUUGGCGAUGGCUUGAAUGAGCAGGAUGGGGAGGACAGGGAUGAUACUUAG